UCGCGCGGCCUGCCGGAGACUUGUAGUUCAUCGCGUUCCGACCUCCGCGGCGGCCGAUAGCGGCGGCGCGGCACAGGACUACCCUUCCCAGCGCGCACCGCUCCUCCGCCGCUCCGGCCGUAAACAAACAGCGCGGAGCGCGAUGGCGGCGGCUGCGGGACGGUGAGCGUCGGGGCUGCGGGCGGCGGCGAGGCGCGGGCUAGGCGGCUUCUGUGCGCUCUGCGUGGGUCUGCGGGGGCUGGCGGGGCACAUGGAUGACAGCAAGGUGAUUGGAGGCAAAGUAAAGAAACCAGGAAAGCGAGGUCGUAAACCAGCCAAAAUAGACUUGAAGGCAAAACUUGAAAGAAGUCGUCAGAGUGCAAGGGAGUGCAGAGCCAGGAAGAAGCUGAGGUACCAGUACCUGGAAGAGCUGGUUUCAAGCCGAGAGCGAGCCAUCUGUGCUCUCAGAGAAGAGCUUGAAAUGUACAAGCAGUGGUGCAUGGCAAUGGACCAAGGGAAAAUUCCCUCUGAAAUAAAAGCCUUACUAACUGGAGAGGAGCAGGGCAAAGCACAGCAGAACUCAGCCAAACUCACCAAGGCUGGGAAGGCAGAACCAAACAGCAGCAAUCCUUGAGUCAAAUGCAGAACCUUCCGCACUACAGCAGAGAUAGCUUGGUAGCUAGCAGAAGAAUGCUCUUAUUGGAGAAGUGGAUGCAUCCCUGGGUCCAGGUUGAAGGAUGCCAGUCUGCUGUCUUCUCUUCGCUCCUCCCCAUGUGAAACUCUUUGCUUGUGGUAUUCUUAAACCUGCAUGGAGUGGGGCUUCUGGGGUAAUAGGUGUUUGUGUUAAGUGGAGCCUUGUUCUUCCUUUCUCUACACCUCACCCCCCAAAAAUACAGCUAUGUAGCUUUUGGACAUUCUUAGUAAGAGAUGGGGGCUGCUUUUGUGUUAGAGGCAUGAUACUAGAAUUAGACUGGCUUUGUGGUCAGUAGUCAUGUGGUUGGUAACCAUUAUGGGAGUGUCAGAGGUUCCGUACAAUAAAAGCAGGAGAAAGAUCUUGUAACAGCUUUGCUAAAGCUAAAUAGAAUGCUGCAAGACAAGGAAAAGGAGUCUCAUCAAGUUUUCAGUAAAAAGUUUUCUAGCAAAGUAACUUGCAACCUGAAUAAAGGUGUUGGUUUUUGCAUCAUUUAUAACACUAAAUGUCUUUUAUGUUAAUGGAAUUCUUAGAGAAGUACUACAUAUAUUCUCUGCUUCUACCAAUGUAUUUUUCACAGGAUGUAUUUCUUCCCUCUUACCCUCAGUAAGACAGUCAAAACAGCUGCCUACACCCUACUUACAGCAGUGGAACAGCUGCCACCAAUUGUGCCCUGCUAUUUUCUUGUAUCUACCUAAAAUUUGAGCCCAGGUAUCUUCCUAGGCUGUGAUGUGAUAUGAGCUCUGCUGUGAGUUCCCAGCCAAAGAUAAUACCAAAAACUGGUAAUGAGAAAAACAAGUUGCGUCAGCUUGGUCUUAUCAAAACAGAGGUGAUGGCAAAAGUUUUGUGGAUAGAUUUACUGAUUUAAGACACUGACAGAUAACCUGUUACUUUAUUUAGACUACACUUUCUUCUGCAUAUGCUCGUGUGUGUGUGUGUGUGUGUGUGUGACGAAAUACAAAGAGUGGAGCUCCCAGAAUUUUCAGUGGGCCUUCUGCUUUGCUUGUACUCUGUUUUGUUUGUGACAGUGUCUUUCUCUGUAUUUUAUAAGAUGCAUGGAAAAAAAUUUCAUUUUAUAU